GGGGUGCCCGCUGGGAAAAGAUGGCGGCCACCGAGGCGGCGGAGCGGCGCGUGUCGCGGCAGGAGCAGGAGCUGCGCUGGCUGGCGGCGGAGGUCGGCCGCCUGAAGGAGCGGGAGGGGCCGCGCUGCGCCGAGGGCUGCAGCCCCGAACUGCAGCGGCUGAGGGCGGAGAACGAGAAGCUGCGCUACCGCCUUCUGCACCUGCGCCGCAGCCUGGCGGCCGAGCUGGCCCGGGCGGCACCGGCAGAGUCCCGAGCUGGCAGCGAGGAAGCCUCCACAGCAAGGCCUGCAGUUGUGGUGGACCAGAAGGAAAAGGAAGUCAUCGGUGGACACAAGAGUAAAUUACAGUGUGAGCCAAGUUUCAUAGAAGACAGACUGAAGCUUUAUGAAACACUGAAGAAAGAACAUGAUGCUUUACUAGCUUACAGAGCAGCCAAUGAGACAAAGCCUAUCAAAAUUACUCUGACAGAUGGAAAAAUAGCUGAUGGAGAGUCUUGGAAAACCACACCCUAUCAACUGGCUGUAGGAAUCAGUCAAGGGUUGGCUUCAAAUGCAGUCAUAGCCAAAGUGAAUGGUGAAUUGUGGGACCUGGAUCGCCCAUUGGAAGGAGAUUGUACUCUGGAGCUGCUUACAUUUGAUGAUCAAGAAGCACAAGCUGUUUACUGGCAUUCAAGUGCUCAUAUCCUUGGAGAGGCCAUGGAAGGAUACUAUGGGGGCUGCUUGUGCUAUGGACCACCAAUUGAGAAUGGAUUUUAUUAUGACAUGUACAUUGAGGACAGAGGUGUAUCUAGUACCGAAUUCCCAGCACUAGAGAACCGCUGUAAAAAUAUCAUAAAAGAGAAGCAGCCUUUUGAAAGGCUGGAAGUCAAGAAGGAGAUCCUGUUAGACAUGUUUAAGUAUAACAAAUUUAAGUGCCGUAUCCUUAAUGAGAAGGUGAACACACCAACUACCACAGUUUACAGAUGUGGUCCGCUGAUCGAUCUCUGCAGGGGCCCACAUGUGAGACACACUGGAAAAAUUAAGGCCCUUAAAAUAUUUAAGAAUUCCUCUACAUACUGGGAAGGAAAGGCUGACAUGGAAACUCUGCAGCGAAUCUAUGGAAUAUCCUUCCCUGAUAACAAAAUGAUGAAGGAAUGGGAAAAAUUCCAGGAAGAAGCUAGAAACCGGGAUCAUAGGAAAAUUGGAAAGGAGCAAGAACUCUUCUUCUUUCAUGAUCUGAGUCCUGGAAGCUGCUUUUUCCUCCCCAGAGGUGCCUUUCUUUAUAAUACACUCACAGAUUUCAUACGAGAGGAGUAUCACAGGCGUAAUUUUACUGAAGUUGUAUCUCCGAACAUCUUCAACAGUAAACUCUGGGAAACUUCUGGGCACUGGCAGCACUACAGUGAAAAUAUGUUCUCUUUUGAGAUAGAGAAGGAAACUUUUGCGCUUAAACCGAUGAACUGUCCAGGACAUUGCUUGAUGUUUGCCCAUCGUCCACGAUCAUGGAGAGAAAUGCCUCUAAGACUUGCAGAUUUUGGAGUUCUUCACCGAAAUGAACUCUCUGGCACUUUAAGUGGCUUGACUCGCGUAAGGCGCUUCCAACAAGAUGAUGCUCACAUCUUCUGUACAAUAGAGCAGAUUGAAGAAGAAAUUAAGGGCUGUCUUGAUUUCUUGAAGUCAGUUUAUUCUAUCUUUGGCUUUACCUUCCAAUUGCACCUUUCUACAAGACCGGAAAACUAUCUAGGAGAAUUAGAGAUUUGGGAUCAUGCAGAAAAGCAACUUCAAAACAGCUUGGAUAACUUUGGAGUACAGUGGACAUUGAAUCCAGGAGAUGGAGCAUUUUAUGGUCCUAAGAUUGAUAUUAAAAUCAAAGAUGCUCUUGGCAGAUACCAUCAGUGUGCUACUAUCCAACUUGACUUCCAGCUACCCAUUCGAUUUAAUCUUACUUACGUUGGUAAGGAUGGAGAUGAUAAAAAGAGGCCAGUGAUUAUUCAUAGAGCUGUUCUGGGAUCUGUGGAGAGAAUGAUAGCUAUUCUAGCAGAAAAUUAUGGAGGAAAAUGGCCGUUCUGGCUGUCUCCACGGCAGGUCAUGGUUGUGCCUGUGGGACCUACUUCUGAAGAGUAUGCACAGCAGGUUUGCAGUGAAUUUUUUGAAGCAGGAUUUAUGUCAGAUGUGGAUCUAGAUCAGAGCUGCACAUUGAACAAGAAAAUCAGAAAUGCACAACUGGCUCAGUAUAACUUUAUCUUAGUGGUUGGUGAAAAGGAGAAAGCAAAUCAUGCUGUCAAUGUGAGAACAAGAGACAACAAAGUUCAUGGAGAAAUUUCAGUGUCUUCUGCAAUUGAGAAACUCAAGAAAUUUAAGAGUUUGCGUCUUCCAAAUGCAGAAGAAGAAUUCUGAUGUUGCUGCUAAGGAAAAAGCUACAGAUAUUAACUGCCCAUGUGAAAUGGUGUUGCUUUCCUUCUCUAUAGCAGUAAUGUUCAUCUGAAAGAAUUUGAAGCAUGGAUGCACAAACCAAGCAAAGGUAGCAGUGUGAUUCUCUAAGAAUAGCAUGAGAAAAUAAAUGCAAUGGGUGACUCCUUUGGUCCUGUGGGACUCCACUCUUUGCUAGUUGCAGAGCGCUUUUUUAAGGCAUCCUACACUUCUGCUAAAAUAUGUCAAUUUUACUGGGUAAAUAAAUAGAGCCACGCUAGCUGGAGGAGCAGAAGGCUGGGAAGUGUGCUGGCUGCUGCUGCGGCUGCUGAACUACCUCAGUCACAUAGCAGCUGUGAACUGACUUGGCCUGGAAUCCAGAGCUUGGCUCUUGGGUUUCGUUUCUUUUCUAACUGAAUUGUCAAAUAUGUGUUUUUGGAGUAAGGGUGUAGCCUGUUCCUUCAUGAAUUUAUGCUCACAAGUGACAAAUAAAUGGUAUCUGCUGGAAAUCACAAUGUAACAAGGUCCUGAAUGAGCCUAUGCCUUGGGUAACUGCUUGCUGUAAAGGUGAUUGCCAAGAAUUAAGUUGAAUUAACUGCCA